CGACAGAGCCCCCUUAGACUUCCCGCCAGCGACGAGGAUGGCCUCCACGCUCUUCCGUCGCCAGCUCGCGCGGGCGCCGCGCCUUUCAUCCCCUACUUCCCCUGGACCAUCGUCGCUCCUUUCUGCUGCAGCGGCACGUCGACACCUCUCGCGCUCGGCGGUCGCCCAGGCGGAGGUGACGCCGUCGCCGGCGACCACUCGGGGUGGCAAAAACGUGUUUGAGACACAUACGGUAGAAGACUUGCAUGGUUUGCAUGCGGCGGAGAUCUUGGCGGAGACCGGGAGCAGACCGGAGACGCAGCUGCGUCACUUCACUGUCAAUUUCGGCCCCCAGCAUCCCGCCGCCCACGGUGUGCUUCGGUUGAUUCUUGAGCUCAACGGAGAGGAGGUUUUGCGCGCGGAUCCCCACGUCGGCCUACUCCACCGAGGAACCGAGAAACUGAUCGAGUACAAGACUUACACUCAAGCUCUUCCCUACUUUGAUCGUCUCGACUAUGUCUCGAUGAUGACGAACGAGCUUUGUUACUCUCUGGCUGUCGAGAAGCUUCUUAACAUUGAGGUGCCGGAGCGCGCGAAGUGGAUCCGUACGUUGUUCGGUGAAAUCACUCGUAUCUUGAACCACUUGAUGGCCGUCCUCUCCCAUGCCAUGGAUGUUGGUGCCCUGACGCCCUUCCUGUGGGGUUUCGAGGAGCGCGAGAAGCUCAUGGAGUUCUACGAGCGCGUCUCCGGUGCCCGCCUGCACGCCGCGUACGUCCGCCCGGGUGGUGUCGCCUUCGAUCUCCCCCACGGUCUCCUCGAGGAUAUCUUCAAGUGGGCCACCCAGUUCUCCUCACGCGUCGACGAGAUCGAGGAGGUCGUCACUGGGAACCGUAUCUGGAAGGAGCGUACGAUCGGCAUCGGUGUAGUGACCGCGAAGCAGGCGCUGGACUACUCGUUCAGCGGUGUUAUGCUCCGCGGCAGCGGCGUCCCUUGGGACAUCCGCAAGGUCGCGCCGUACGACAAGUACGACGAGGUCGAGUUCGACGUCCCCGUCGGCAAGAACGGCGACUGCUACGACCGUUACCUGUGCCGUGUCCAGGAGUUCCGCGAGUCGCUCCGUAUCAUCAGCCAGUGCUUGAACAAGAUCCCGACUGGCGCUGUGAAGGUCGACGACUACAAGCUUGUUCCUCCUCCCCGUGCCUCUAUGAAGGAGAGCAUGGAGUCCCUCAUCCACCACUUCAAGCUCUUCAGCGAGGGUUACUCCGUCCCUCCGGGUGAGACCUACAGCGCGAUCGAGGCGCCCAAGGGCGAGAUGGGCGUGUACCUCGUAUCGGACGGCACGAACCGUCCCUACCGGUGCAAGAUCCGCGCGCCUGGCUUCGCGCAUUUGGCCGGCGCCGACUUCAUGAUGAGACGUCACAUGAUUGCGGACGUGGUCGCUAUCAUCGGUACCAUGGAUCUUGUGUUCGGCGAGGUCGACCGGUGACGUAUGUAGCGCUACACAAUGCAGAUCAUUUUCUCUCCG